GGCCGAGGGUUUCCUCCUGAGUCAGGCAGAGGAGAAGAGGCAGGCAGAACAGUGGUUGGAUCGAUCCGUGAAGAUGGAAGCUACAUUGGAAAGAGCUCCGUUGGAGGAAGAGCAGCUGGGCCCGGCCCAGGAAUGUGCCCAAGAUGUCCUCUCACGUGGCAGUGAGGAAGCAGCGUUGAUCUGUUCUGUUUCUGGAGGUGUGAAAACAGCUCCUGCACCCCCAGUCCAGUCGGUGGUUUCCUUUGAGGAGGUGGCCGUGUCUUUCACCGAGGCAGAGUGGGCACUGCUGGAUCCAGACCAAAGGGCUCUCUGUGAAGCCGUCAUAUUGGAGAACUAUGGGAUCGUGGCUUCUCUGGCAACACAUAUAAAGGAGAUGGUUGGGGAAAACAAGGCGUUCUCUGUGGGAAAAGACCAGGAUGAUGUUUUUGAAGGAAAGGUAGAGGACAGAGAUCGACCACCAAGGCAGGAGGAAAGCCAUGCAGACAAGACGGCAGAUAAGCCCGUUCCGUCUGGAGGAGGAUGCUUCUGUGAAAGUCCAGUCCAAGAAAUAACAUCAACCAAAACAAGGAAUGAAUGUCUUCAUGCUUGCCAGAGAAUCUUCUCCAGGGAAAACAAAAAUGAAAAUCUGGCUGUUGGAAAGUCCUGCGGUGAAAAUAUCACUCUUAUUUCUGAGAGGCGAAUUCCCUUAGCAAAGAAAUCAUAUGACUUCCUGAAGUGCAGAAAAACCUUCAGUCAGCAAUCAUCCGUUUCAUCCCAUCAACCUCAGUCAGAAGGGGAUGAGCAGUGGAAUGAGGGUGAUGAGACAGUGCUAAAUAAAGUCCAGAAGGAAGAUUUGGAAGGAAUCUUCAGGAAUCACGGUGGACAUAAUAAGCAGAAAGGAAAUCACAUGGCUGAAAAUUGGGAGGAACCUAUUUCAUGCCAAGGGCAGGAUUUCAGUGAACUAAUCCAAACAGCAGAGGAAGCGUAUAAGUGCUUGGAAUGUGGGAUGACCUUCUCAGAUCAAAGCCAAUAUGAGAUCCAUCUGCAAAUGCACAGUGGAAAGAAGACCCAUCAAUGCUUAGAGUUUGGAAAGAAUUCUGUUCGCAGAACAGAGCUACCUAGCUAUCAAAGAACAUAUAAUGGAGAGAAAUCUUAUAGCUGUAAAGACUGUGGCAAGGACUUCUCACAAAAACCAGAUUUUUCUCAAAACCAUUGUGGGACUCAUUCAGGAGAGAAUCUAUUAAUCCGCAUAGAGAGUGGAAAGGCCUUCUCUGGUGUGAGAAAGGGUAAUGUACAUCUUCCAAAGCACAGUAUAAGAAGGGCACAUAAAUGCUUUGGCUGUGGAAAGUUCUUCAGCUGCAGAUCAAAGCUCCAAGUGCACCAAAGAACUCACACAAAGGAGAGACCUUUUGAAUGCUCAGAGUGUGGAAAGAGAUUCAGUCAAAGUGGUAAUCUUCAAUGGCAUCAAAGAACUCACACAAAGGAGAGACCUUUUGUAUGCUCAGAGGGUGGAAAGAGAUUCAGUCAGAGCUUCUCCAGGUCUGCCACCCCUUUGGCUUCAAAGAGAAUUCAGCCUUAA